AUGUCGAUGAACAGCUUUCCCGUCGCGUAUAUCAAGGAUGGUGGGGAGUCGGCCAACCCCCCCGAGUACUACAUAACCACCGUGCCCCAAGUCCCGGUUGCGGGUCCUGCGGCAGUCAAUGUCCAGCCAAUGCCGGUCCUGCAGUUGACGAAUGCGCAGGUUGGGUACAACUACCAGCUCGAGAUGAUGGCCAAGUGCGCGCGGGGCGAGCAUCAGUUGACGAAGAAGUAUGGUCCAGCCGGGAUCAUAUGCUCCGUCUUCCUCUUCCCCGUUGGUCUGCUCUUCCUCCUGUGCGAUAACAAGAAGAAAUGCGAACGGUGUGGUGCUGUCUACUAG